AUGUCUCUGUUUGAAGCCUGUACAACGGGUGAUGUCGAGAGUGUUAAAUUAAUAUUAUCAAGUGGUGGUAGUGAUGAUGUUGAUAUUAAUGGUCGAGAUGCUUAUUAUUCUCCAUUAUUUGCUGCUUGUGUACAAGGAAAUAUUGAAAUUGUGGAAUUAUUGUUAGCUGUGGAAGGAAUUGAUGUAAACUAUGGAGUGCACUGUUAUACAGAUAGUUGUUCACCUCUAUUUGCUGCCUACACCAGAGGAUUUAGAGAUAUUGUAAAGUUAUUAUUAACAGUUGAUGGGAUUAAUGUAAAUUUUGGUUGUUAUAGAAUGUGUACUAUAUUUCAACAUUUUGAUAAACAUGACAUUCCAUUGUAUUAUGCUUGUAAAACAGGUGAUUAUGAAAUGGUUAAAUUGCUAUUAAAAUGUAGGCAUAUUGAAGUCAACAGAACUAUUUACAAUUAUGAUGAACCAAUGAAAGAUGAAUAUGUCUAUAGUGAAUUACCACACGAUAGUAGUGAUUAUCGUAUUUCUACAACGCCACUUUAUGCAGCAUGCAAAAGAGGAUAUUUAGAUAUUGUCAAAUUAUUAUUGGAAGCAAAAGAAAUUAAGGUCAACCAAGGUGAUGUUUCUCCUCUCUAUGCUGCAAUCAAUGGCUAUUAUAUUGAGAUAAUAGAAUGUUUACUUCAUAAAGGUGCUAUUGUGGAUGAAAAAUGUAAAGAAGCAGCACUUUUAAAGGAUAUAGAUAUUGAAUCAAUUCUGUUACGUAAAACUACUACGUUAUUUAAAACUGUUGAAAGAAAUGUAUUUGGUAAACAGGUUUUCAGUGGAGAUAUUUAUAUAGAUUUUAAACCUUAA